AUGCCGAAUGAUCGCAACACACUUCUUCAAAAUGCAAUUUUCAUGUACCUUUCGCAACAUGUGUGGAGCAAAAAACCGAUCCCACCGAAGGUGUGGCGUAACAAGGCGUCCACCCUGCUACUUGUUGACCCUUUCAAAUCGCGUGUGUUUGAAAGCCGUGCAUCACCAUUCUUUCUUUCCUCUUCGAGCGAGAACGACGACGAUAUGGUGACACACGGUGUUAAGCGAUCUGUUAAGCAUCUUGAGCGCUUGUUGCUGGUAAGGCUUCCAAUCGGGGAAGAUUGGGUUGAUACGCAGGAUGAGGCUCGCAUUGAAAUUAGCUAUCAUCGACGGCAUGUCCGCAUCUCUGGCACCUUAACCGUCGAGCGGACGGUGUGGUUGCGGGCAAAGGGGCACGACGCUGCCGCACGUCUGGAGCUCUUCACGCAGCGAUGCUUAAGCUACUAUAUCUCGCAGCUGCCAAAUUUGAACAAGAGCACUCGAAGUUACUAUGAACUGCAAGCAUCUAAAGAAAGCGAGCUUGAGGUUAGCGAUUACGGCAAUUUCAAGUCCAUUUUUAAGCGAUUCACCCUAAGCGAUGACAAGAACUUCGACACAUUGUUUUUCCCGGAUCGCAAGCGUAUUUUAAAACUUGUGGAUGACUUCCUCUUUCACCGUGGACGGUUUGCGCUCGAAGGCUUUCCACAUAAGCUUGGUUUCUUGUUAUACGGUCCUCCUGGCACUGGGAAGACGUCCUUCGUGAAAGCUCUCGCGGCGUAUACCGGGCGACAUGUCAUUUCAGUCCCCCUCUCGCUUGUCAAAUCUAAUCAACAACUUUUCGACAUUUUCCUGAAUCCUCAUUACGUAUGCGUCGGGGAGUCAGAUGUGCACACGGUACAGUUGGACGAGGCAAUUUUCCUUCUAGAUGACGUAAAUGCAACCAGCCCACUUGUAUGUGCCCGGGAACGACAGCGUAAGUUCAAAUGGCGCCGUCCAGCUGUACUUACUGCCAAGAAAGGCGAUUGUAUGAAUGCGAAAGGGGAAGAAUUCCAGGAGCAUGUUGUAUACAUGGAAGAAGUAAAGGAAACGAAAUGGACGGCUGAAAAUAGUUUUAUGGCUUACAUUGGGGCGGCUUCUGCCCCCGCAAUGGCGUUUGGGAUUUCAGGAAUCCACCCUUCGAUGCAUUCAGGGGGUGUUGAAAGUCCUUACAAUAGUGGCGACUUCGAUAAGGCUGAGAACAGGUUUCCUGCAGGAGCCGAACUUCCUAAAGGACCGUUGAGAAGGUUGAUCACGGCCGAGACUGACUUCGCCAUGAACAGGAGGUCCAAGUAUUCCAUUCUGGAGAUGCUUCAAACCGCUGAUAAGCUGGACCUUUCGGGGUUGCUCAACGUCUUGGAUGGUGUCGUCGACACGCCUGGUCGUAUUGUGGUGUUGAUUACGAGCCAUCCAGAGCGUCUGGAUCCGGCGCUUGUUCGACCUGGCCGCAUAUCUCUACGAGUCCGCAUGGACUUUGUACGUUUUGAGGACCUCGCGGCGAUCGCGGGUCUGCACUUUGGCGACUCCGCACCACCGUCGGAUGUGUCGUUGAUUGAAAUAAUGGAAAGCCUCACGACGUCUGUUAUGGAGGGGCAUAGUGAGGUGGCGAUGACUCCGCAAACCGGUAACGCCCAUUCAACUGCGUCUGCUAGGGUGAACCAACCGAGCAAUUUUCCCGUUGACUUGAAAAGUCGUAAAAUGGAAGAAAGCACAAAGCCCUCAUUGACGGGCCUUGGAAGGGCGAAGGCCAAGCAAAGCAACGACGCGGAUAGGGUGGAUCAGGGGGGUGGGUUGGGUACUUCACCUGGAGGAGUUCCAUGGAAUGGGGAGUCUGACUGCGCUGACGUCAGUAACAAGACGCGAAGCGUGCCCAUUGGGGCGGCCGCAGCUCGUAUGCCACAUCGCAAACUUUCCGAGGAGCAGAUGAACGUGCUAAGGGAACGCAUCGCUGCACUAGAGGCGGAGGCCGCGGGUGUAGAAGCGGUUCCAGAGGAGUCCUACCACCGCAACGAUGUAGCCGUCGCCGGCAAAGAUACCGAGCAGAAGCUUUGCUAUAAUUUUCAUAUCACUCCCUCUGAGGUCGAAAUGUUGUGCUCCCAUAACGAUACUUUUGAAGAAUUUCUGGACUCCUUAGACAGUAUAAUUCGUGGCGAGCGAAAGCUCUGA